GCAAGUGUGCAAGGCUCGCCAAUUGAGAGGCAGAGGCAGCGCUGCUCGGGUUUAGGUAUUCUACCCUCUCUGAAUAUAAUUUCGGAUUUAGAGGCGGCUUAAAUCCAGAGGGAAAACACUUUAUAAGGCUGAAAGCUGUGUGGUUGCAACAGCCAGGGUUAUGAGCUAUCAAAGGCAAUUACAUUAAAAUAGAUUAUACUGUGUAAAUUGAGCCAUUUAGAAGGUGAGAACCAAAGAAACAGCUCCGAUCCCCCUUCUUUCUAAAUUGCAGUUUUAGUUCCUUGCAAUUCUGAGGCACAAAAGUAGGUGAGACUGCUUUUGUAUCUGCAAAGUGCUUUAUUUCUGAGUGUAAUUCUAACUGAGUGCAAUCUAGGUUAAAAGCUGGACAACUGGGUAAUUAGAGCUCACUUGCUGCUAGAGGACGAUCAGCUGUACCGUAGCUCAUUUGUGUUCCCAGAGACUUGCUCUCCUCUCCCCUGAGCGGAGGCUGCUGGAGAAGAAGCAUCCGUGCCCGGACUUUUCUUGAUUGCGGAGAUGAUGGUGCUGGACAAGGAGGACGGUGUGCCGAUGCUAUCCGUACAACCCAAAGGGAAGCAGAAGGGCUGCGCCGGCUGCAACCGAAAGAUCAAGGACCGGUACCUGCUGAAGGCUCUGGAUAAGUAUUGGCAUGAAGACUGUCUAAAGUGUGCCUGCUGUGACUGUCGUCUUGGAGAGGUUGGAUCAACUCUUUACACAAAAGCAAAUCUCAUUCUCUGCCGCAGAGAUUACCUGAGGCUCUUUGGUACCACCGGGAAUUGUGCUGCCUGCAGUAAACUGAUCCCUGCCUUUGAGAUGGUGAUGAGGGCCAGAGAUAAUGUUUACCAUUUGGACUGCUUUGCCUGUCAGCUCUGCAACCAGCGAUUCUGCGUGGGAGACAAGUUUUUCCUGAAGAACAACAUGAUCUUGUGUCAGAUGGACUAUGAGGAAGGGCAGCUGAACGGGAGCUUCGAGUCCCAGGUUCAAUAACAGCCCCUGCUUCGCUGGAGCACUGUGGGAUGGGCGCUUGGCCGCACGAGCAGCGAGGGCGUCUGUCAGCUUGCCUGCAAUAUUUUUUUAAUUCUUGGUCCAGAGAGGACUAUAUACAUUGUAGUACUUUUCCCCCCCAACACAAAGCAGUUACAAUUUUAGAUGUACAGUUGUGCCUGCUUAGCUGAGCACUGCAUUGCCUGUAUGUUUGUGAGUUUUUGGGGUCUGGGGGAGGGCUCUGUACAGUCUGUUUUCUGUAUAUAAACUGGAACAUUUAUUUUAUGAAAAAUGUAAUGCAAUUUUAUUACUGGUGUGAAUUAAAAAUUAUGAAUGUU